AUGAGCCAUCAAAUUGACAGCCUACCUGUAUUCCUUGGUGUGGUAUUAGUGCUACCAUCUUGUUCCUUUCCAGCCUGUAUCAGUGUCCUUGUGGUUUCUUCCAACGCUGUCAUCGAAGUCCGAGGAUUGCCCAGGUGGUUGUACCCGGGUCACGUGGUUGGUGGAUGGCCCGUGCACACCGUUUGUCCCCACUCGAGCUCCCCGGAGUCAAAUUCAUUGUUGUCACCUGUCACCGAGACCUCACUUAGCUUGGGCUUUGAGCUUCGCGACAUCAUGGCUUCUUUUCUUUCUCUGGCGGAAAUUCCCACCGUGGGACGCUUGUUCCAGGCGAAACAAUUAGCUCCUGUAACCACGCCGUUUGCGCCAUCAAAGACCCUCAACAACACCAUCUCCAUCAUCCGCAAUGACAUCACAAAACUGAAGAUUGACUGCAUCGUGAAUGCAGCAAACGAGUCUCUUCUUGGUGGUGGCGGCGUGGAUGGGGCGAUCCAUCGCGCUGCAGGACCCGGAUUGGUCAGGGAAUGCGAUGGACUCGACGGAUGUGACACAGGCGAUGCCAAGAUUACUUCUGCAUAUGAAUUGCCUUGCAAGAGCGUCAUCCACACCGUUGGACCGAUCUAUGAGUUUGAGUACAGGAAGGAUUCCUGUCGCCCCGAACAGCUACUGCGCUCUUGCUACCGACGCAGCUUGGAAGUGGCUGUCGCGAACGACAUGAGGAGUAUUGCUUUUGCUGCCAUCAGUACCGGCGUUUACGGCUAUCCCAGUGGCCAGGCCGCGAAAGCUGUCCUUGAUGAAACACGAAAGUUCCUUGAGAUGCCUUCUAACAUCGGGAAGCUGGAACGUGUGAUAUUCUGCAAUUUUGAGGAAAGGGACAUGGAAGCAUACAAAGCGCUGACCCCUGUUUACUUUCCUCCCACCCCAGAGGAUCUGGCCGAGGCCAAGGACAGUGAUAUUUGA